GGUCAGCUUGAAAGGCAAAGCCGCAAAACUAGGAAGACAGCAAACGCAUGGACGAGCAAUGAAGACCCUGCUGCCCUUCACCCUCCUGCUGUUAUUCACCACGUUGGUCUGCAGUGGAUACCUGGAAUAUGACCAAGAUGUCUUGGUCCCGGUGGAUUGGGCUCACGUUGGACGGGUCAGCCCUACAGAGGAGUUGGAGCUGACCUUUGCCCUGAAACAGCAGAAUGUUGGCCUGCUGGAGAAAACAUUGCGACUUCUGUCAGACCCUGACUCCGCACAAUAUGGUAAGUACCUGAGUUUAGAAGAAGUCUCUUCCCUUGUGCGUCCGACUGAACUGACCCAGAAGUUUGUACGUCAGUGGCUGCAGAGUCAUGGGGUCACAAACUGUCAGACUACCCACACUCAGGACUUCCUACAGUGUACAAUGACAGCCAAGGUGGCAGAGACGCUGCUCCAAGGUAUCAAAUUUCAUCGCUUCAUCAGAGACGGCCAUUCCGUUGUGAGGUCAUCAUCUCCGUACUCGGUUCAUGAAACUGUUCUCGAGCAUCUUGACUUUGUUGGAGGGGUUCACCGUUUCCCGCCCAGAGGACUGGACCUCAGUAAAACCUCAUCCAAUGGGAAGCACAAGAACUCUAUGGCGUGGCUGCACCUCGGUGUGACUCCUGCUAUUUUGAGGGCUCGUUACAACCUGACGGCAGCUGACGUGGGUUCGGUGCAGAACAACAGCCAGGCAGUAGCCCAGUUCUUGGAGCAGUACUAUCACCCCGCAGACCUGGCUGAGUUCAUGAGCAUGUUUGGCAGAAGCUUCCAGCAUCUGUCAAAGGUGGAUCAGGUGGUUGGCACGCAGGGGGCAGGCAAAGCUGGUAUGGAGGCAAGUCUGGAUGUGGAGUACAUCAUGAGCACAGGGGCAAACAUCUCCACCUGGGUCUUCACUAACCCAGGGCGUCAUGAGUCCCAGGAGCCUUUCCUCCAGUGGAUGGUCCUGCUCAGCAACAUGUCUAACUUGCCGUGGGUCCACACUAUCAGCUAUGGAGAUGAUGAGGACAGCCUGUCCACUGCCUACAUGAUGCGCAUCAACACUGAGUUUAUGAAGGCUGGCGUCAGAGGCAUCUCCUUGCUCUUUGCUUCUGGUGACAGUGGUGCAGGUUGCAGACAUUUAACUAAAGAAGCAAAUUCCUUUAGGCCUAGCUUUCCUGCCUCAAGCCCAUAUGUGACCACAGUAGGAGGAACUUCAUUCAAAAACCCAUUUAAGGUUUCCUAUGAGGUUACAGAUUACAUCAGUGGUGGAGGUUUCAGCAAUGUCUUCAAGAUGCCCGAGUACCAGGCCAGUGCAGUGAACGGCUAUCUGAAGUCUGUGGCAGCAAGCCUUCCACCACAGACUUACUUCAACACCACGGGAAGGGCCUACCCAGACAUGGCUGCCCUUUCUGAUAACUACUGGGUGGUCACCAACAGAGUCCCCAUCCCCUGGGUCUCAGGGACCUCUGCAUCAACCCCUGUGGUUGGAGGCAUGCUUUCUUUGAUCAACGAUCGGAGACUGCUCAAAGGCCUGCCUGUGCUAGGCUUCCUCAACCCUCGCCUCUACAAGCUCAAGGGACAGGCUUUAUUUGAUGUGACUGAGGGUUGUCACCUGAGCUGUCUAGAUGAGCAAGUUCAGGGGAAGGGUUUCUGUGCUGCACCAUCAUGGGACCCUGUUACGGGCUGGGGAACACCAAACUAUCCUGCUCUGCUGGCUGUCCUGCUGGAGAAGUGAACACCUGCCAACUAGUGAUGCGUGGGUCAGGGUUUUUUAAUACCCGCACCACCCAACCCAUUAUGAGAGCCAAUCCGCACCACCCAACCCGCUAAAAUAUGCAUCAAUUAACAACCCAAACCGUAAAGCUCUAAAUUUAGCCCAGGCUACAGCAAAGUGGGCAAUGUUGUACUAUUUCAUUUUUGGGCUGUUUGCCCAGCAUAAUACACACUUUACUGCAAAGCAUAGCCCCCUGAACCCCAAUAAGUCGCCGGACCCAAAUGUCUGGCCCGCGCCGACCCGUUGGCACUAACGCACCUGUCAUAAUGUUCUAAAUAAAGUGCGUGCUGCUCCAUUUCAGUUUGACCUCACCCCACACCGUACACUUGACCUAUGCCAAAGAGUAGACAUAAGAUGUACUCCGCACCAUGACUAGACAGAGCCACUCACCAGCUAAGUCACAGAUAAUCAAUAACUGUCCUAAACAAAGAACAUGGCCUACACAAAAAAGCAGAAAGUCAAUCAAGAAAACCGUUGGUUCAAAUCUGACUGGACCGAUCAGGUGUAUUUUACUUUACCGGACCACGCCAACGCCAAACCGACAUGCUUGAUAUGCAUGCAAACCGUAGCUGUCUGCAAAGCAGAAGAUCUCAAGCAGCAGUUCAGCACUAUGCAUGCUGCUAGUUUUCAGAAUCAGAAUACUUUAUUCAUCCACGAGGGGAAAUUGGGGAAAUUGAAUGCCAACUACCCUACAAAAUCACAUCACCGCAAGCAAAAAAUAGCAAAUAUGACAACACCAUACAAGCACUCUGUUUCUAGUAUCUGUAAAUCAACAUCGGCACAAGAGAGUGCAACAGCUGCGUCAUUGCACGUUUCAUGGACCCUUGCUACCUAAGAAGCCAUUCACUGAUGCUGAGUUGAUUAAAAUGUGUGCUACUGAUAUGGUUGACGAAGUUUUAAGUCAUGAUGAGAAAAACAAGAAAGCUGUUGUGGAGCUAUUAAAGCAGGUGCCAUUGUCAGGUACCACAGCAACAAGAAGAGUAGAACUUUUAGUGGAGGAGUGUUUUUCCAAUCUACUCACCGAUUUGAAGAAAGCAAAAGCCAUAUCGCUAGCGAUAGACUCAUCCUGUGACUGAACCAAUAUGGAACAGCUAUCUGUGUUCAAGAUUUUUUUGAUGGGAAGACCUUUUGGGAAGAGCUUUUUUGUUUGCUUCCUCUGCCUGGGCGCACAACUAGGGAAAUCAUCUUUAAUGAAUUAAUAGUUCUUUGAGAAGAAUGGCGUGGUUGGAUGUGAGUAAAAUUGUGUCCGUUGUCACCGAUGGGCCUCCAUCAAUGGUGGGACAGCACAAGGGCUUGGUAAGCAGGCUUGCUGCUGUUAACCCAGCACUCUUAGCAUUUCAUUGCAUUGUUCACAAAUCAGUGUUGUGCACGAAACUGUGUGGAGAAAUGAAAGAGGUGAUGGAUACUGUGAUAUGACUGGUAAAAUUCGUUCAAGAGAGUUCUAGUCUGCUACAUCGCCUUUUCAGAGCAUUGCUGGUGGAAAUGUCAGCAGAACACAAGGCUCUAUUGCUGCAUCAUGAUGUUCACUAGCUUAGCAAAGGCUGUGUGUUAAGAGAGAGUGUGCGACCUGCGCGAUGAGCUUGUCAUUUUUAUGCGGUCUGCAGAGCCAAAAAGCCCAAGAAUAUCAGGUUUUUAAGCAACAGUAAGGUGAUGGCAUAUGUUCUUGUUUUGUGUGACAUGAUGUCUCAUCUAAAACACCUUAAUCUGCAAUUACAAGGCAAGAACAACACUGUUGCAGACAUGUACGAGGCGGUUGAAGCUGAACCUUUUUGAAAGACAUUAAUGGGAGAAAGUUGCACUUUCCAUGUCUGCAGGAGCAUUGCGAUAAGAACAAAAUGCAGGAGGAUCCAGCGACUGGCAGAAAACUCCAAGGAGUGAUUUGAAAGCUCCCUUAAACUCUCAGGUGACAUCCUGCUCUCCCUGAGACAACCAUUCUCCAUUUUGGCUGACAGCCAGUGGACUGCAGAAGCCAAAAGACUGGUACCUUCCAUAGAUGAGGCAACUCUUUGAUGGCGGUCUUGGAGAUGGGAACAUCUGAUUUGUUCAAAGCACAACACAAGGGCAUUGGGGUGAGUGACUUUUGGAUCAACAUGGUUCCCCACGCUCGAGAGCUAAGGAAAUGCUCCUACUCACAAUUUUUCCCUCCACGUACAUAUGUGUCAUUUUCUUCAAUGAACUUGAUCAGGAACCAGGAAGGAAACAGACUCUCCGAUGCACAUCUUGCCCAGUGCCUCAGGCUUGCCAAACAGAAUACAGGCCUGACAUCAGAAAGAUUGCCUAUCCCGUCACUCUGAUUGGUGAAUGAACAUCCAUUUAAUGACAAUAGUAAUAAUCAUCCAUCCAUCCAUUAUCCAAACCGCUUACCCUGCUCUCAGGGUUGCAGGGAUGCUGGAGCCUAUCCCAGCAGUCAUCGGGCAGCAGGCGGGGAGACACCCUGGACUGGCCGCCAGGCUAUCACAGGACAAUGAUGCUUUACAUCUAUAUAGCACUUUUCUAGACACCCAAAGCACUUCACAUUGACGGGGGUAACUCGCUUCAACCACCACCAAUGUGUAGCACCCACCUGGUGAUGCAUGGCAGCCAUUUUGUGCCAGAGCACUCGCCACACAUCCGCUUGAGGUGGAGAGGGAAGAAUAAUUGAGCCAAUUACAUGGGGGUAUGAUUAGGUGGCCAGAUGAAGAGAACCAGGUUGGGAAUUUUGCCAGGACACCGGGGGACCCCCUACUCUUUGCGAUAAGUGCCAUGGGAUCUUUAAUGACCACAGUGAGUCAGGACCUCGGUUUCACGUCUCAUCCGAAGGACGGCAUCUCGGCAUCUCCUACAGCACAGUUUCCCCGUCACUGCACUGGGGCAUUGGGAUUUUUAUAUUUUGAGGCUUUUUUCUUUUUUGUCUUUUGUUUUAGGGCCAGCGGGAAGACUGCCCCCUAGUGGCCCCCCAACACCACUUCUAGCAGCAACUCAGUUUUCCUGAGAGGUCUCCCAUCCCAAGUACUAGCCAAGCCCAUACCUGGUUAGCUUCCGUCAUUUGGCAGAGCCAGGGUACAUGUUGGUAUGGCUGCCGGCCAUUUAUCCACAGCAACUCAUUUGGAUUUGGGGGACAUGGCCUGUGAAUGCCCCCCCCCACGAUGCCAACAGACUGCGUGUCUGUGUUUUAGGGAGAGAGAAGAGAGUGUGACAGAGAAGGGAAGAAAAGGUGGACUAGUAAUGUACAGCCUAGCCUAUUGCCUGUGAUGUUUCUGUAAGUUAUUUAUAACUUACUCAGAACAUCGCUUUGUUACUUUUUGACCCGCCCGCCUGAACCCGUGAUAUUUUCCAGUAAGCUUACCCAAACCCACCCGACACGCAGGUUGUGGGUUGAUCCACGCAUCACUACUGCCAACCGUACCAUCGAAUGCUUCUGAAUCCUAAACCAUUUGGUUAGACUCUAUGCCUCAAGGAGUUUGAGUAUGCACAUCUAAAGUCCUGAAUAGGUUCAUUAUUCAUAACCUGCAUGACACAGUUCAAAAUUGUCCCCAUACUGCAUUUAUGCACCAGUUGUAGCCUGUUCAGGCAUACACCUAAUGGAUGUAGUUGCAGUCCAUCUAAAUUCCUGUGAUGGCUGCUAACAAGUUUGUUAAAAAAAAAAUUUUUUUUAAAGUUACUUACACCUUUUUAGCCUUUAUGCUAGUGAUGGUUUAGGAUUCAGAAUACUGAACUGCUGCUAGUAUUUCUUAAUCCAAACUGACUUUGCCAAGCAAAUUGAAUGUUAAAUUUAAUACUAAUGCUGUGCUUUAAAAUUGCUGUCCGCUAGUGCACGUUAAGGUUAUAUAUAGCUGGGAUGCAGUGAGAAAGCCUUUUGUGUAUAAUUGAACAUGCAAAUGAUUGCUUAAUGAUACAUAAUACAGGUAUCUGUCUUAAAUGUACACAAUCCACAGAUAUGCAUUUUAUAACAAGAAGCCAGUUUUGUGUGCAAAUGGGGAAUAUUGUGCCAAAAUCUGUAUAUCGAGUGUAGUCCUUAUUUUCCAGGUUGUAAACAUAACAUUGGGAUUUUUCUCAGGUUUGGUUUGUACAAAGUGAAAAUAAUGAUGGAUGAAAGACUACCCUUUCUCUCUGGCCAUACAAAACCAGAGAAUAAACACAAAGACUGAAGAAUGAGUGGGAUCUGUGAAGGGAGUCCAAGUUGUGAUGUAAAUGCCUUUCAUAAUUUAAUUUUUUACUAUGGUUGAUUCUCAAUGCAAAAAAAAAAAGAAAGAAAAGAAAAAGCCAGCAUUCAGGUUUUGGUGAGGUUCUGUUAACCUACCAAACACUAUAUUACAUGAGUUGAUGCAAAACUGACUCAGCAAUCCUGUCUACCUACUUUGUUGCACUUGUUUAUACUGUGUAAUCAUGUACAGUUAAGGUCAAAAUUAUUAGCCCCCAAGGAACUAUGGAACAUUUCCCUAAAAUUCUGCCCAAUGUUUGCAUCAUUCAUAAAACUUUACAUAGUAAAACAUUCAUCAAUGAUAAGGCCCCUAUUUAGUACAUUUUUUUAAUAUAAAAUAAAUCUUCAGGUUUGCUUUAUACCAAAUGUAGUGAAAAUUGAGGUGGUCAAAAUUAUUAGCCCCCCCCCCCCAUGUGAUUUUUUUGUGCUUUUAAACCACACCUGAGCAAUCAAUCAGCAUUGAACUUUACUUGAAGGACUCCAAUGAACAGGGCUAGUGGCACUUGAACGCUUGAUUGAGGGGGACUACGCUUAAAUUCUUGGUAAGAAGUAAUUUCAUCAUGCCUGUUACGGCCCUAGUGCCGUGUGUCUAAUUUUCCCUCUCCAGGUAAUGCCCCGCCUCCUGUGGAGCUGCUGAUUGAGUCCAGGUGACCCCAAUUCCUCAUCAGCUGGGUAUAUAACUUGGAGAGAGACACCCAACAGUGCCAGUGGGCCAUUGUUGGCAGCUAGAGUGAGAAAAGACGGCCAGUGGGCCAUUGUUGCCAACCAGAGAGCAAGCUCUUGUGUCUAUACUCCUUGAGAAGGAGAGUGAAACUUAUUAGUGUUCUUGUUUCUUUCGGUUUGGUUGGAUCUGAGUUUGUUUUGUUAAAAGCCUGGUUAGUUAAGCGCCAGCGUCUUUAGUUGCCUGUUUAUUCGAUAGUUUGACUAAAAGUUUGUUUUGUUAAUAAAUCUGUUUUUUACACCUG